CCUGUCGAGGCAGGCAGGGCCCUCUAAUCUAGCUUUAUCCUGGAUUAUGUUAUUAUGACUUCUUCCCGUUUGGGAUUCGGUCGCUAUGCGGGACAGGAAUGUUGACUAGAAGACUUCAAUCUGGAAUCUAGAUCUCUUGUUCUUCCGGAUCGACUCGUUUGUAGUCUCAUUAAAAGGCAGGCUGAGCGGGUUUUGAGGCGGUGUUUACAACACAAAUGAGAUUAGACAGUCAGCUAAUAGCACAGCUUCCCACUAACAAAGCAUGGACGACGAAACUUCACUGUUUCUGAAGUUUAAGGACUAAACACCAACAGGAGGCAGGCAUGGAGGCAGAAAAAGCCAUGAUCCACUGUAAACUCUGCCUGAGCGACUGUCCUGAACUGGACACCAGCACGUUGCAGUCCUGUAACUGUGUGUUCUGUGUGCAGUGUUUAAGGCAGUAUGUCCAGCUGGCUAUUCAGGGCGGCGCGGGCAGUGCCAUCACCUGCCCUGAUCCGGCCUGCAAGAACACCGGAACCCUGCUGGAUUCUGAGCUGGCCUCGUUUGCCCCCAGCGAUCAGUUUGAGCUCUAUCUGCGGCUCAGAUUUGAAAGAGGAGUUCAGUUAGACCCCAGUAAGGCUUGGUGUCCCAAGCUGGACUGUCAGGCCGUGUGCAGUGUGACACCCGGAACCGAAGGCAAACCGGUUCCUGUGCCCUGCCCCACGUGCCAUGCUGUCUUCUGUUGCGACUGCAGAAGCCUCUGGACAGAUGGACACUCCUGCUCCCAGCACCAGCCACUGAUGGCACCAUCAGCAGACAGUGCACUGAGCAGCGCUGAUACUGAUGCAGCCAUUAAACGGUGUCCAGUGUGUGGUGUCUACAUAGAGCGCAAUCAGGGCUGCGCGCAGAUGCUCUGCAAGAGCUGCAAACACACCUUCUGCUGGUACUGCCUUCAGAAUCUGGAUGGUGAUAUAUUUCUGAGACAUUAUGAUAAAGGACCAUGCCGAAACAAGCUGGGGCACUCCAGAGCUUCUGUCAUGUGGAACAGGACACAGGUGGUCGGUAUACUGGUGGGCGUCAGCAUCAUCGUGCUCGUGACAUCACCACUGCUGCUGCUGGCUUCUCCCUGCAUCCUGUGCUGCUUGUGCAAACGCUGCCAGGCCAAGAAGACUAAGAAAAAGAAGAAAGACAAAAAGCCACCAGAUUCCACCGCAUAGGAGAACUCUUAACAAGUAUAGCAUCUUCCACAUGCCAAUCCUUAGUCUCGCUGGCCAGGUGCACAAGUGCCUCAUUCUUAGUGCCUGGUAAAUUCGGUGGAUUUAUUUUGCCUUCAAGUGCAAUGGUAUGGGAAGAAAAAGCAUGUUGUAAAGGAAUGGCCCUUUCUCCACCAAGCCAAAGCAUUCGUUCU